GCACUGUAAGCUGAAUAAACUGCGCUCCGCAGCGGAGUUUACAUCACAGGAGAUGUUGGCUGUUACAGAAAUGAAACUGGUCUUCCAGGCGCUUCUUUUUGGUUCAUGUUUUCUGUCUGUUUUUUGUUGGAGGUCGAUCCCCAGAUUAACUUUGCGAGAAGAUAAUCGAAGUAAGCAUCUAAACUAUAGCAAACAUGUAAACCAUACAGUCUUCUUCCUUCGAAAUGGAUCUGAGAAUCUGCUUUUGGGGAAACUAGACAAUGUUUUAGAGGUGAACGAUGGGGGUGUAGUAAAGAAUCUGAAUCUGACAGAUAUCGGUGGUUCUUGUCAUGGGAGCUCUUGUGAAAACGUCAUAACUGUAAUUGAAGAAUUCCAGGACUGGCUUUUUGUUUGUGCAACAAAUGGGAAACAGCCAAAGUGCUGGAAGCUGGAUACAAGAAUAAUCAAUAGCUCUAGUGUGGUUGUGGAAAGUAUUGAUGGCAUUGGCAUCUCACCUUAUACUUACUCCCAAAACUCUCUAUCGCUUGUAGUAGAUGGAGACAUUUAUGCUGCAGCUCCACUUUAUUCGGAUGGAACGUCACUACAGUUCCGCAGGCAUUCAGGCAUCCAAAACAGUUUAUUUAUGUAUGAUCCAUGGAUUACAGAACCAACAUUUAUCUCAGCUUUUGUGGCCAGAAGACCUGGGGACCCACAGAAUGAGAAAAUCUAUGUUUUCUUUCGAGAGAAAAACUCAGACAUCAGUCCUGAAGCUGACCCCUGGAUUUCUAGAGUGGCCAGAGUAUGCAAGAUUGACAAAGGUGGGCCGAAGAGAAUUUUCCAAAACAUUUGGACAUCAUUUUUGAAGGCACGCCUUGUGUGUGCGAUUCCUGGAGAGUCACUGUACUUUAAUCGUUUGCAAGACAUCUUUGUGCUACACUCUGAUGACUGGAAGGAAUCCCGGGUUUAUGCUCUUUUCUCAAGCAGCUGGAAUGCCACGGCUGUUUGCAUAUACUCCUUAGAUGAGCUUGAUGAUGUUUUUGAGAAAUCCAGUUUUAAAGGAUACAAUGAGGAAAUUCCCAUCCCAAGACCAGGAACUUGUGUGAGUGACAGUAGGUCUCUACCAAACCCUCCUAUCCUUAUUGUUAAAAACUAUCCUGAGAUGACUGACUGGGUCCAUCCCAUUCAGAAACAUGUUCCAUUCUAUAGCAGCAAUACGAAUUACACCAAAAUUGCAGUGGAUAGUGUGCAGGCAUCAGAUGGAGAAGUGUACAAUAUAUUGCUGCUUGCUACAGACACUGGAAAGAUCCAUAAGAUGCUGGAGCAUGAUUCCAAAGCCUUUAUAAUUUCUGAAACAAGUCUUUGUAAUGGUUCUGCUCCUGUUCUCUCAAUGAAACUACACUCUAAAAAGAGAAAGUUGUUUGUUGGAUAUCCUGGAAAAAUGUCUGUCUUAGACCUGCAGAAUUGCCACGACUACAAUACAUCCUGUGAAGAUUGUGUUCUUGCCAGGGACCCAUACUGUGCUUGGACUGAAAAUGGAUGCACUUCACAAAUGAAAGGGGGAAUUCAAAAUAUUGCCACUGGUGAACCGCAAAUAUGUUCCAGAUAUUCAGCUCUCAAAAGGCCCAAGCGGGAUGUAACAUUCUCAUAUCCAGCCCCUCCAAUAGUGCACACUGUGCCCAACGGUUUCCCUUUUUACCUUUCCUGCCCAAUUGACUCGCACCAUGCCACCUACAGCUGGAAGCACAGAGAUAAUCAGAGAAGCAUACCAUGUCAGAGGACUAAGUCCGACUGCCUCCAUUUAAUACCAGAUAUCCAUGAACAUGACUAUGGGAUGUACAACUGUGUCUCAAGGGAGCGUAACUAUGACAAAAUUAUUAAAGUAUAUGAAUUGCAUGCUCCAGCUAAGCCACAGAUCCUAAGCAAAGCUUUCAAACUCACAGCUCAGAAAGAAUGGCUGUUGGCAGUAUUCACUGCACUUCUUUUCAGUGUACAGUAAUAUAAAUCAAUGGUUGCAUCGGAAAGCAAGCAAGUUGCAAAAGUGUAUGUCUUGGGUUUGGUGGGAUGGUGUAAUACCAGUAACAUUCCAUAUGUCAUAGCCAUGGAGUCUAAUUCAAAUAAGAUUAAUGAAACAGAUCAUAAGUAGGUGUUGUCUGAAUUAUAUAGCAGGGAGUUUUGAGAUCAUUUAGUCUAAUAGCUCUUAAUAACAUUUCUUUUAUAAUAUUUUUGAAAAAUAUGUGAAUGAAUGUCUUAUUUAUUGGUGCUGUGCUGAGUUCCUCACCUAGGUUUAACAGUAAGUCAUCUUUUUUGUUAGUUUCAAGGUAAAAAUGUUUGUCAUCACAUCUUUAAAUUACUUAAACUUUUCUAAUAAUUUGAUUUAUACAUUUAAAUUAUUACAUUAUUAAAUUAUUAAAUUUAAAUUAUUAAAUUAUUUUAUUAAUAUUUUUAGAUUCCCUUUUGGGCCCCAUGUUUAUUAAGGACCCUUGGUCUUAAGCUCUUUCCCUAACCACCCCUGAGUCCCUUAAUGCAUAUGUAGCAUUCUUUAUUAAUUUCCUUGCGUAGAUAUGAAUCUUGCAUGGAAAUCCUUUGUUUAAGGAUCUUGGGGGUGAGAUUUUAACAACACAGUGUUCAGUGGUUCCUGCUGCUGCUGUAGAAUUAGAAUGUGAUCUAUGUACAGUCUAUAAAGUGAUGUGAUUUGGGCUGUAACUGAUACGAGUGAUCAUAUGUAAGUGUUAUAAUGAGUAAUCCAUGUGGCAGAUCUGAUGGAAUUGAACAGUCAGUUAACUUAAUUAUUUAAGAAGUGGGCUGAAUUAAGAAUGACUGCGUGAUUUUUAUUGCUCAGACUGGAAGUAGGUGUCACCCAUCCGGGCAUAGGCUCUGAUGACAGAAUGAUAAUGGAGGAUAAAGGAAAGGGUGUGGAAUGAAGUUAAUCUGUUUAUUUUACUGCACUUUUUGUGCAUUUUAAUUAGAGAGUAUAUUUAUUUAUUUUACAAAACUUGUUUAUAAAGAAAAUUUUUAACUUUUAAUCUGGA